AAAGGGCAGGUGGCCCCACCAGCACGCUGCAGCCAGGAGCGGAUGGCCAAGAGCGCGGUGCUGCUCCUCUGGGCCCAAGCCCUCAGCCUUGCUGGCACCCAGCACAGCCAGCUCACGCUGGAGCCCCCCUGGAUACCGGUGUUCACAGAUGAGGAGGUGGAGCUGAGCUGCCAGGGCUCCAGCAAGCCCAACUAUACCAUGUGGUACCUCAACAAGAAGCCCUGGAAGAAGACAAGACACACAAACCUCCUUGUCUCCUCUCCCGGCAGCUACCAGUGCCACAGCCCUGGUGCCAACCUCAGCCUCCCCAUCACCCUGAGCUUCUCAAACGCAUGGCUGGUGCUGCAGGUGCCAGCACGGGAGCUGCUGGAGGGGGACGAGGUGUGGCUGCGCUGCCGGUACUGGAACGACAAAGAGGUCAAAAAUAUCGCUGAAGUGCGGUUCUUCCAGGAGGGAAAAUUGCUGCAGGGACCCUCCCGGCAGGCUGAGCUGCUCCUGUACCCCCUGCAGCUGCAGCACCGUGGGCGCUACCACUGCCAGGCCAAGGCGGGCAAAUUUUUUAAAAGCAAUACAAAAUCGGUACCAACGAUGGUGACGGUGCAAGAGCUCUUCUCGGUGCCGGUGCUGGAAAGCCCGGCUGAGAUCCGCGAGGGAUCCCCCCUGGUCCUGGGCUGCCUCAGCCACCUCAGCCCCCUGCGGCCCCUCACUCACCGCCUGUACAUCUUCUACCGGGGUGAGGUGGUGGUGGGGGGCCCCCAGGACUCCUCCCAGCUGCGGCUGCCAGCCGUGGAUCUGCUACACUCGGGGAGUUACUCCUGUGAGGUGCGGACGGACACGGGCAGCGUGCGGAAACGCAGCGCUCGGCUCACCGUCACGGUGCACAGGAUCCCGGUUUCAGGGGUGUCCCUGGAGGCGCAGCCCCACGAGGGGCAGGUGGUGGAGGGUGAGCGCCUGGUGCUGAGCUGCUCGGUGGCGGCAGGGACGGGGCCCAUCUCCUUCUCGUGGCACCGGCAGGGCUCAGCCGCGCCGCUGGCCACCGGCCCCCGCUACAACGUCCGUUCCGUGCGGCAGCGGGACAGCGGCCACUACCAGUGCGCGGCCACCAACGGCGGCCCCGCGGCCACCAGCCCCGCGCUGCGGGUCACCGUCCUGGUGCCGGUGACCGGUGCCACCAUCACGAUGGCGAGGACGGAGCCGUCGGUGCCGGCGGGUGAGAGCCUCAACCUGAGCUGCUCCGUGCGGGACGGCACCGCGCCGGUGACCUUCACGUGGCUGCGGGACGGGCAGGAGCUGGGCUCGGGGCCGGUCCUGGCGCUGGGGACCGUGGGCUCGGCGCACGCCGGCUCGUACCAGUGUCUGGCGACCAACCGCCUCGGCGCCCGUCGCAUCUUCAGGGCGCUCAGCCGGGCGCUGCCCCUCUCGGUGACGCCGCCGGAGCAGAGUCAGCCGGAGCCGCGGCAGCGGGGCGCAGCCGUGGCCACGGGGCUCGGCGUGUCGCUCCCGCUCCUGCUCCUGCUCCUGCUCGCCGGGGGAUGGCAGCUCCGGCGUCGGCACCGUGCAGGCGCCGGGAAGAGCCGGGGCAGGGACCCCGCUGCCCCCCCGGAGGCCGAGGGUCGCCGGCUGGAGCCCACCGCUCCCCCCGCGGAGCCGGAGGAAGGGGAGGUGCAGUACGCCCACAUCGUGCUCACCGAGCGGGGUCCCUCCCCGCCCCGGUCCCCCCGGGGAUCCCCCCGCUCCGCGCCGGAGCCGGAGCCGCAAGUCACCUACGCGGUUGUGCCGGGACCCCACGCGCGACCGCGGCUCUCGAGUGACACCUACGAGAACAUCCCGUGA